AUGUCAACCAGAAUAGCAGCAAGAAAUGAAGAAAAACAAAAAUUAGUAUCAUGGAGAAAGAUAAAAGGUCAUUCGGAACGAUUUGAAAAUAUUACCAAGAAUACAUAUGAAGCAACAGAAGUGGAACAAUUUGCCGGAAUCUUUAACUAUGAUAUACAACGAAUACGACAACAAUUUAAUCAAACAACAUUUCGUUUCAUCAAUCGUACUGAUCACAUAUUUGUCACUUUAUCUCUUCUUGUCACCGUUGGCAAUAUAUUACGUUUUCCGGUUAUUUGCUCAGAAAGUGGUGGAAUCCUAUUUUUUAUCCCAUAUGUGUUAUGUCUUAUUUUUAUUACAAUGCCAAUUAUGUACUUGGAGAAUGCAAUUGGUCAAUACAGUUCGCUUCCAUCAAUAAAACUUUUUUGUCACAUCUGUCCUGCAUUCGAAGGAAUUGGUAUUGCAAUGUUAUUAGUAGCAAUUUGCAAAAGUCUUAUAUUAUCAUAUUCCGUAAUAGGUAUCUUCCAUACAUUUAAAAGUAUUACUACCGUAUUCAGUUCCUUAUCACAAACUACCUGGUUGGAAUGUGUUUACGAAAGUCAUUCAUCUUGUUAUGAUCCAUAUGUAAAAUGUAAUGAAGCAAUUGGUAAUUAUCAAUAUUAUUCAAAAUGUUAUAAUUUUAAAAAUGAUGAUCAAAUAUUAAUAAAUUCAAAUUAUACAUGGGAACAAGUUGUAAUAGCAUUAACAACAACUUCUGAAGCACUUCGUGAAUUUCCACCAAAUAUUUAUUGGAUGGAGAAAAUUAAUAAAGCUGGAAAUAUAAGUGAAUUUUUUAUCGUUUCGGCAUCUAUUGAGCAAGCAAUCAUUGCUGUAAUUGUAAUUCUUGGAAUACGUUUCUAUGCUAAAAUAGCUCGAUUUGUUGUAAUAUUUCCGCAACUUUGCAUGCUAAUUUGUAUUAUUUAUGCAACUGCUAAAGCUGGCUCUCAAAAUACGCUUGCUUCAAUAGCAGAAGGCUUUUCGCCGGAUCCGGAAAAAUUUUUCGAUCUAAAAGUUUGGAUCACUGCUGCACUUCAGGCUAUAAUAACAACAAAUAUAUUAGAUGGAACAUGUAUAACAUUAGCAGCAAUGAAGGAAUUCCGGAAUAAUUUCAUGCGUGAUACAUUUCUGGUAAUUAUUUAUGGAAUGAUAAUUAAUCUAUUUGGUUGUUUUUUUGUAUUUUCUGUAGGUGGUGCUGCUGUUAGCUUAAUGUUUCCAAUGAGUGUUGGAAAAGGAUUAGCAAUGCUUUGGAAACAUGGCGAAAAUAUAUAUUUCAUUAUGCUAUCAUUACUUUUUGCUAAAACUUUAUUUGGUGCAAUUUUAGUUUCACUUACAUUCUUUUCACUUUUUUUAUGCACAAUUGGCAUACAAGUAGUAGUAAUUGAAAUGAUCAUCAUGAGUGUAUAUCGAACUGUAAUACGAAUUAAAUUUAUCAAUCAAGAAACAUCUCGAAAUAUUAUCAUUUGUGUAUAUUUCUUAUUGAUGCAUUUAUACACUUAUAUAUAUGGUCGAUUAGCUUUUGGUGAUAUAAGAGUUCGUUACUUUUAUUUCUCGCUUAUUCUUACAAUACUUGCAUUUCUUGAGCUAUUAGCAUGCAUUCAUAUUUACCAUCUGAAACGAUUAAUUGUCAAUUUGCAUACAAUGCUUGGCGAACCACCAAAUAACUUUUGGAGAUAUUUGGGUUAUCCGGUAAAUUUGUAUUGGACUGCUUGUUGGUAUAUUAUUACACCUGCACUUUGUAUUAUUUCGGGUGGAGUUGCUUUAUUUAUUAUCAUUAGUGGAAGAUUAUACAGUGAUAUAAUUGCUUUAACUGUGAUAACAUUUCUUCCAUUAAGUGUUAUCAUUAUCACUAUGAUAAUUCAUAUUUUAAAACCUUAUGGAACUGGAAAAGCUAUAAAAUCAUUAUUUAUUGCUGAUCAUCAUUGGGUGCCAGAAUUAGGUAUCAAUCGUCAACAAGCACUAUAUGAAGAACGGGCUGCUCGUGCGAUAAUUUAA